AUGAGGGCUGGGGAGUGCGCAGGCGUGGCGUCCCCGUGGGCACAGGGCGCGGCGUUCGCGGCGCUGGGCGGCGCGGGCUGGGCGCCGUGGCUGCAGGGCUUCGCGGCUGCCGUGUGGCUGCGCCGGGAGCCCGCGCCGCACCGCGCCGGCCCCGAAGGUGAAAAAGAUGAAUGGCACGACUAUCCUCCGGAUCCAGAUGAAUAUUUGAAGUCUCCGAAGAAAGAACAAGUGUCGAAGCAGACGGAUCUUCUCCACGUUUUUUCAGUCGGCCAUGAUUCGCUCAUGUUCGAGCUGUGGAUCAAUACUAGUAAUGGCGAGCUGGCGGUGCGGCUGACGCGGCCGGACGCCGGUGCCAACAAGGUGGUGAGCGCGGCGCGCACGGGCGCGGCGCUGCCGCCGCGGCGCUGGCGCUGCGUCGCGCUCAACGUGGCCGAGCAGGUGCACAAGCGCCGCAUACACAUACAGGUCACUCUUUAUAUCAACGGUCGGGAAAUCGAAACUAUGUCGUUACCGCUACAAGGCAUCCUGGUGCGCAAGGCCACGCCCAGCACGGUGGUGGUGGGGCACGCGGGUGCGGGGGCCGGGGGUGGCGCGCUGCAGCUGGCGGCGCUGCGCGUGUUCCGCGCGCCCGCGCUGCGCGCCGCCGCCGCCCUGCACCUGGCCGCGCACGGGCCCGACCAGCCCUGCCAGAUUCCGUGCGAGACAGCUAACUUCGCUUCCAUUAUUACUCCGGAACUAUUGGAGCUAGAUAUCGACUGGGAUGCGGUGUAUGAAAUUUCGAGUCAAACUCUACGGGACAUGCACGAGAACUUGUUGCUAUCAUUUUUCGCACACACUCCGGAUAUUAUGAACCUAUACCAUCAGACGCCGGCGUCGCCCACAGUGUUUGGUGGUCGCGCGGCGGCGGCGGGCGGCGCGUGCGGCGAGGCGCCCGAGGCACUGCGCGUGCAGUGGGCGGGCGCAGCGCGCACACUGCCGCACCGCGGCCUGGCGCCCGCGCUGCUGCUGCUGGGCGGGCCCGAGCUGCUGCUUUACGUGUUCGCCAGGGUGGUGGAGCUGGACGGCAGCGCGGCGCAGCAGGCAGAGGCGCUGGGCGUGGCGCUGCGCGCGGGCGCGGCCGACGCGCGCCUGCGCGCCGCGCUGCUGGCCGCGCUCGACCUGCUGCCGCCCGUGCUCGCCUCGCACAAGUGCCGCGUGUCCCACCACAUGCUCAAGGUGAUCUUGGACGAGGCGUUCAGCGCGCCGGUGCUGGCGGCGAGUGGGGCCGGCGUGGUGCUGUACGCGCGCGACGCCGUGCUGCUGGAGCCGCACCUGCUGCUGCUGCUCAUGCAGGCCUGGAGGCACUUCGACACCGACGAGGAGGUGACGUGGGAGGAGGAGGGGUGCGGCCGGCGGCGCGGCUCCGCGUGGGUGGUGGCGCUGGCGGCGCUGCGCGCGGCGCUGGGCGGCGCGCACCACGCCUUCAACCACUACCAGGCCGGCCGCGUCGACCUGUUGCGGCAUCUGCUACUCGCUUGCAAGGAGCGGUUCCUGAACUCGGAGCGGCCGGCGCUGAGUGCGACGGCCAGCGCGGAGCUGGUGGGGCUGGUGCGCGCGCUGCUGGGCCGCCCGCCGCUACUGUGCCACCUUGCGCUGCUCUGCGACUUCCUCCUGCUCAUGCAUCAGGCGAGCGACACAUUCGUGACUCACUCGCGGGCGAACUUCUACUUCCUGCUGACGACAGAGACACCGGAGUCCAGCGAGUUCAACUUUCUAAAGUUCAUCAGCAAACGCACGGCGUCGCCUCUCGCUGCCGGCGACGACGUGCCCGACGCGCCCCACGCGCCUCUCGCGCCGCACGAGCCCCUCGACGACUGCGACAAGAACAUGAAAUCACUUAUCAAUAUGCAGAUUAAAGAAAACAGACAAAAAUUAUCAUCAGCAUCAGAGACUUCGGACGGUGCCACUGAGAAGAGCUUGGAGGAGACGAGCGAGGGCGCGUCGGAAGAGGGCGAGGCGCACAGGUUCAUGCUGCCGGAGCCCGCGCCCGCGCACGAGCCCGCGCCGGUGCCCGUGCCAGAGCUCGAGCCCGCGCCCGCCGUCGACCUGUACGCCUCCGGCAUGUACCAACAGAAGGCGGUGCGCGCGGGCGCGGAGCCGGGCUGGCACGCGUGCGCCGGGCUGCUGCUGCUGCUGCGCGACGCGCUGGUGGCGCUGCCCGACGCGGCGGCGGCGCAGGCGGCGGCCGCGGCCGUCCCGCCGGAGAGCCUGGCGGUACUCGCGCGCCACCGCGACGCCGGCGUGCGCGCCGCGCUCGUGCGCGCCGCCGCCGCGCUGCAGCGCCGCGCCGCGCUCGACCCGCGCCUCUGGCUGCACCUCGCCAACCAGAUUGCGCUGUAUCCUUGCUCGUGGGAGUUAGCGUCAGCAUGUGCGGCUUUGCUUACCAAAUGUGAUGAGCCGUUAGAGGAUCAAUUAGAUGAGGAGAUCUGGGCGCAACUGGGUGCGGAGGACGCCUGGCGCGGCGCGCCGUUGCUGGCGUUGCUGCCGGGCGCCGCGCGCGCCGCCGCCGCGCCGCUAGCGCACCGCCUGGCCGCGCUGCUACGCCGCUUCGCGGACAGGUUGCCUCUGAAAGCACUCAACGAGAUAGCAUUCGUGGAAGUGGUAAUUCGAUCUAUUCGCACUGUCGGAUUAGAAAACAUUUAUUUUGAAGGCCGACAGCUCUUGUUAGAAGACUUCUAUGAUUUGCUCUGCAAAGUCGCUAUUAAAGUAUUAUCUGGCAACCACAGCACACAGUACAUAAUCGACAUACACAACAUGCUGCGGUACAUCGAGUGCGAGGGCGGCGAGGGUGGCGAGGGCGGCGUGCAGCGCGCGGCGCGCGACGCGCAGGUGGCGCUCUUCACCGCGCAGAUCGACUACCUGGAGGCGCGUCUGCACACCUUGAAUCAGCAGACGCCUAAGAGUUCCAACUAUUUCAGUACAGUGUUGUCGUCGGUGGAGGGCGGGCUGGUAGGGCGCGGCGGGCGCUCCGAGGCGGCCGAGUGCGCGGCGCGGCUGGCGGCGCUGCUGGCGCGCGCCGGCGCCUUCCUGGCCUCACGCCCCCCCGCCGCGCCGCUGCAGCCCGACGCGGACUUCUUCGACAGGGUGCUCAACAUGCUGCUUAAUGCGGUGACGAGCGCGGAGAGCGCGAACGCGGGCGGCUCGCGGCUUUUCGGCGGCGGCGCGUCGGAGAGCGCGAGCGCGCUGGCAGCGCUGCUGUGGUGGGCCGCCAGCCCCGAGCCCGGUGCGCGCGCGCUUCAGCCGCGCUUGUUGCGUGCGCUGUACCGCGCGCCCGCGCACGCGCUGCGCGUGCUGGCUGGCGCGCGCGACGCCGACGCGCUUCGCAAGCUGUCCGUGUACCUGCUGGCUAUGCUGCAGCACGUGCACCUGGCGGCCGAGCGCGGCGCGGCGCCGGCCGAACGUGUGGAGCUGGCCGUGACGGACUGGGCGCGCGAGUGGGCCGUGGCGGCGCAGGCCGAGCUGGCGGAGCGCGUGCGCGGCGACGCCAUCCCGGCCGCGGCGCAGCGCUACCUGCGCGCCGACCGCGCCCGCCGCGCGCGCCACGCCGCCGCGCCGCGGCUGCGCGCCGCCAUCGGCAAGUCGGUGUUCAGCAAAGAGGCGCUGGCGCAGCGCGCGACGGAGGCGGCCAUGGGCAUGACGCGGCGCGUGGUGGAGGCGCAGAACUCGGAGCGCAAGGCGUUCCUGGAGCACCUGCGGCAGGCGCGCGCGCUGCACGGCGCCGCGCGCUGGCAGGCCGUGCUGGACCGCCACACGCACGAGCGCGGCGUGUUCCACGACGCGCGCAGCUACCCCGCCGCCUGGCAGCUGGACGCCACCGAGGGCCCGGGCCGCGUGCGCGUGCGCCUGCGCCGCGCGCACCUGCGCGUGCCGCCCAGGCAUCUGCAACCCGCGCACAAGUACAAGGCCGAAAGCGCGAGCUACCCGGCGCCGCUGCGCAGCGUGCUGGGCGCGGCGGGCGGCACGGGGGGCGCGGGCGGCGCGGCGGCGCAGCUGGCGCCGGGCGAGGCCGUGGCCUACAUGGCGCGCGUCGUGCGCGUGGCCGUCGACUGCGAGGUGGGCGGCGAGCUGCUGCUCACCGACAGAUACAUCCACUUCGUGCCGGAGGAGGGCGAGGGCGGCGCGGGCGCGGCGCGGUGGUCGCUGGGCGCCGUGGCGCGCGUGGCCACGCGGCGCUGGUGCCUGCAGGAACGCGCGCUCGAGCUGUUUCUCUGCUGUGGCCGCGCGCUGCUGCUCGCCUUCGCCGACACCGACGAGCGUGCCAACUUCCUUACGCACCUCUCCAAGAUGCAUUUGCCCAACAGAACGGAACCAGAAAACUUAACAGAAGCUAUGAACCAGUGGCGCAACGGAACGAUCACCAACUGGGAGUACCUGAUGAUCCUCAACGGCCUGGCCGGCCGCUCCUACAACGAUCUGAUGCAGUACCCCGUGUUCCCCUUCAUCAUCGCCGACUACACCUCCAAAAUCCUGGACCUCACCGACCCCGCGUCCUUCAGAGAUCUUAGCAAGCCUAUGGCAGUGCAGAACAAGAAUAGAGAGCAGCACUAUAUAAAUACAUAUAAUGACCUGCGCGCGGCGCGACGCGAGGGCUGCAGCCCGCUGGUAGCGCGGCAGCCGCACCACUAUGCGUCGCUGUACUCCAACUCGGGCGGCGUGCUGCACUACCUCGUGCGCCUGCCGCCCUUCACCGAGCUCUUCCUCAACUACCAAGACAACAACUUCGAUAUGCCGGACCGCACGUUCCACUCGCUGGCGACGACGUGGCGCCUCAUCACCAACGACUCGCCCACCGACGUCAAGGAGCUCAUCCCCGAGCUCUUCUACUUACCCGAACUAUUUUACAAUAACGAAGGGCUGGAGCUGGGCGUGCGACAGUGCGGCGCGCGCGUGGACGACGUGGAGCUGCCGCGCUGGGCGCCGGACGCGCGCCUGUUCACGCUGCUGCACCGCCAGGCGCUGGAGGCGCCGCACGUGGCCGAGCACCUGCCCGCCUGGAUCGACCUCGUCUUCGGCUACAAGCAGACCGGCCAGCCCGCCGUCGACGCCAUCAACGUCUUUCCCGCUUGUACGUACUACGGGUUCGACCCGUCGCAGCUGGAGGACGAGCUGGACCGCACGGCGGCGGCGGCCAUGGUGCGCACGUACGGCCAGGCGCCGCGCCAGCUGCUGCGCGCGCCGCACCCGCGCCGCGCCACCGACCUGCAGCCGCGCCGCCGCCCGCAGACGAACGUGUGGGCGGGCGUGGAGGGCGCGCGCUGGGGCCGCUACUGCGGGUCGCCGGAGCUGGCGGCGCCGGCGGCGGCGGCGCGCCGCGCGGUCCCCGGUGCCGCGCGCCUGCAGCCGCUGGCGCACCAGCGCGCCGUGGCCGCCUGCCCGCGCAACACCAUCCUGCUCGCGCUACGCGACGAGUGGGCGGGCGGGGCGGUCGCGGGCGGCGAGGCGCUGUGCGCGGUGUCGUGGGGGCACUCGGACGGCGCCGUGCGCGUGCGCCGCCGCCGCGACCUGCCGCCCGAGCCGCUGCUGCACGUGCCCGCGCACGACCAGGUGACGGCGGCGUGCGGGUGGAGCGGCGCGGGCGGCUGGGGCGCGUCGGGCGCGCUGGGCUUCGCGUCGGGGCGUGUGUUGGCGCUGCGCGCGGGCGCGCGCGUGUCGGCGCACGCACUGCACGCGCACGCCGCGCCGCUAGCCGACCUGGCGCUGUGCCCGCGCGCCUCGCUGCUCGUCUCCGCCAGCGUCGACGGCGUCAUCGUGCUCUGGGACCUCAAUGAGCUGUCGUACAUCCGCACGCUGCCUAACCGCGACGCGCUGCGCGUGCGAUGCGUAGGCGUGAGCGCCACGCUGGGCGACGUGGCGUCGGCGCACGCGCCCGCGCCUGGCGCUGGCGCCGACUACGAGCGCGACGCCGCGCGCGGGUACAAGUCGCUCAUCCGCGUGCACACCGUCAACGCCAACUUUGUGGGCAGCGUGCGCGUGGCGGAGGCGGUGACGUGCUUGUGCUACUCGGGCGCGGCGGAGGGCGUGAGCGCCAACUGCGUGGCGGCGGCGCUGGCGGGCGGCGGCGUGCGCCUCUACUCCUCCUGGGACCUGCGCCCGCUGGUGAUGCUGCCGCCGCCCGGCGCUCUCACCGCGCUCACCAGCAUCACGUACAGCUCGGACUCGCAGCUACUGUUCGGGUGCUACGCGGACGGCACGGUGCUGGCGUGGGAGAGCGCAGACGCCGCGCGCGCCGCGCCCGUGCGCAUCCUGCCCGCGCUGUCGCUGCUC